AUGUUUCAUCUCCUUCUCCUCUCUUCCCUAUUACCUUUGAUUUUUGCUCAAUGUGGACCCGGAGCUGUUUACAACGCGGCCAAUAGCAGGUGCUCGGUGCCUCCCUUCCAUUCCUCAUUUCCAUAUUCAGAUGCCUCACUUUCUUCCGUACUGCCACCGAUUUCAACAGCGCUGAGGCGAUCUGUGCCACUCUGAAUGGUCAUCUGGUUUCCAUUCACAACACAAUCGACAACACGUUCGUCUCUAGUCAGGCCCAGAAAUACUUUGACGGAUCCGCCUGGAUCGGGGCCAAAACGACUGCUCCAGAUGUGACGAAUCCACUCAACUGGUACUGGACCGACGGAUCCAAUUUCGACUAUCAGAACUACAAAGUUGGAGAGCCGAGUGCUCAGGGCUCAGUCGCCUGCAUGCAGCUGCAGACUGGAACUGCCAAGUGGCUCACUGCCAACUGCACCGCCCAACUGCCGUUUGUCUGUUCUUACUUUUCCAGUGUCACACCGACUUGCCCGACUGUUCAGAGCGAGUUCAUUCAAAUCAUUCUCUCUAAUCUAUGUAUCGUAAACUUGCAGUUCCCAGCCAUUGUCCUUCUGGCUACACUUGGUAUGAUGGAACUGAUUUCUGCUACAAGGUAUUUUUCCAUUUCUCCCAUCUGACCACACUCCUCUUCAGAGCUACGUUCGUUUCACCAACUUCAAUGAUGCACGCAGCGCUUGUCAAGCUGACGGAGGAGAUUUGACAUCCAUUCAUUCGCAGGCUGAGAAUGAUUUCCUCGUCCGUACGUUUCUUUUCACGUACUUCUGACACUCGGAACCUUCGUUUCAGAGCUCUCAAAGGCCGGAAUCACAAACAAGGACAAGGGUCACAAUGACGACGUCUUCAUCGGGUUGGUCUAUGAGAACUCGGUGUGGCAAUGGACGGACGGAAGCGACGUGACUUUUUUGAACUGGGGAGACGGAGAACCGAACAAUAUGAACAAGGAAUGGUGGACUGCGGUGAGAGAAACUGCUCCCUCGUUUCCUAUUUUACUCUAUUCUUUCCAGUUGGUUUCCGAUCCCCACGAGGACAAAAACACCGAGGACACUCGCUGGAACAACGUGGCACAGAUUGAUAUGAGAGCAUUCGUCUGUAAAAGACCGGCACUUCAUUGA